CCCAAAAACACCUACGCUUCCGUAGUUCUCGAGGCUUCUGUUUCCUCGUCUCUCGUCGUCGUCGGCGGCGGCGGCGGCCAUGGAGGACGACGACGAGUGCCCUCCCCUCGCCGUCGAGCUCUCGCCGGAGAAGCCGUACAGUCCUCCGCCGCUCGGUCCCUCCGCGGCGUCGCCGGUCGGAGUCACCGUCAUCACUGGCUACCUCGGCGCCGGCAAGUCCACGUUAGUCAACUACAUUCUAAGUGCGCAACAUGGAAAGAGAAUUGCAGUGAUAUUGAAUGAGUUUGGAGAGGAAAUUGGGGUUGAAAGAGCAAUGAUCAAUGAGGGGCAAGGUGGCGCGCUUGUUGAAGAGUGGGUAGAGCUGGCAAAUGGAUGUGUUUGUUGCACGGUGAAACACAGCCUGGUUCAAGCACUUGAGCAGCUUGUGCAGAGAAAGGAGAGAAUGGAUCACAUAUUACUAGAGACAACAGGAUUGGCUGAUCCUGCACCUCUUGUCUCUAUUCUUUGGCUAGACGACCAGUUGGAGUCAUCAAUUAAACUAGACUCUAUCAUUACGGUUAUUGAUGCAAAAAACUUCAGGCUGCAAAUUGAUGAGCACAAUAAGUCAUCAUCAUUCCCUGAAGCAUUUCAUCAAAUUGCAUUUGCGGAUGUUGUGAUAUUGAACAAAAUUGACCUAGUAGAAGGCAGUCUUGAGGAUUUGGAAAGGCAGAUUCAUGAAGUCAACGCUCUUGUUACAGUGGUGCAGUCUGUCCGCUGCCAGGUUGACUUAAAUAAAAUAUUUGAUCAGCAAGCAUAUGGUGCCAAGAAUUCAUCGCAGCUGCAAGAACUUCUGGAGUACAGUAAAUCAGUACCACCUAAUCUCCGUCAUGAUAACAGUAUUUCUACCUUGUGUAUUUGUGAGCAGGAUCCAAUUUCCCUGUCUAAGGUGGAAUCAUGGCUCGAGGAUCUUCUUUGGGAAAGGAAGUUGGACAUGGAUAUUUAUCGUUGUAAAGGGAUUUUACAUGUCCAUAACUCGGAUCAAGUUCAUACAUUACAGGCAGUGAGGGAAGUUUAUGAAGUUCUGCCAGCUCGAGAAUGGUCCAAGACAGAAUCUCGCACAAACAAGAUAGUUGUCAUAGGUCGCAACUUGGAUAUCAAUAUCCUUCAAGAUUCAUUUAGUCGUUGCAAGCACUGAUAUCGAAGGGUUUGUUCAUCCUGUACCCUGCACCUCCAUGCAAUCAAAUACUGCAAGGAGUUUCUAUGGCUCCCCGAAGUAAUGUGCUUUAUGUUUGUCUGUAUAUCUUCAAAGGUGACAGUGCUGACAGCUUCUUGGCAAUGAAGUUCUGCACAACGGAUGCGAUUAUCCGACGCGCCAUGUUCAACUUUGGAAGAGGAACAUGCAUCCAGUUACAAGAUGAUGAACUACUUGUAGAAGAUUUUAGUUAAGAGUAGUAUGCAAACUGAUGAUCGGCAACAUUUCUCGUUGUAUGGAACUGACCGAAAGCAAUCUUUUUGUAAGAAACCGAUUGGCAACAAUAACAUACUGGGAGUUGAAAUCUGAUCCUCAAAUUCAUGUUUGUAA